UACAAUUUUCUCAAUGGGAGACAAAUUAAUCAAGCUACGGUUUAUAAGUUAACAUAUAGUAUAUCCUUUCAAUGCUCACACUUAACACAUUCUACCCUCUUUGUCUCUCUUUGAUGUGGUUAAAUCCUAAUAAAGAUGAAAUUUUUAUUUGUUGUCCUUGUAAUAUUUGUUGUUGUUUCACCUUGCAUAUGUGCUAGAUUACUACCAUAUAUAAUUCCCAGCUUCAAUGUUCUUGACUAUGGUGCUGUUGGGAAUGGCAAAAAUGAUGAAACUCAGGCUUUUGUGGAUGCAUGGAAAGAUACAUGUAGUGCAAUUCAUGACAGCCCAACACUUCUCAUACCCAAAGGAAAAACAUUCAUCUUGCAACCUCUAUGGUUUCAAGGUCCUUGCAACUCUACAACAGUUUAUGUAAAGCUUGAGGGAACAAUCAAAGCCCCAAACAAGAUUGAGGCAUGGAAAUGGCCCAAUAACAAUGAGAAAGAAACAUGGAUCCGUUUCUCAGAGAUUAAUGGGCUCAUUAUUUAUGGAAGUGGACAAAUUGAUGGUCAAGGUGCUCCAUGGUGGGAUUGCUAUUCCAAUACCAACUGUGACAGACCAACUGCUCUACAUUUUCAUGCUUGUGAAAAUCUAAUUCUUAGAGGAUUGACUCACAUCAAUAGUCCAAGAAAUCAUAUAAGUUUAAAUGCAUGUCAUGGAUCACAUAUAUCUAAAUUACAUAUUAUUGCCCCAAAUGAAAGCCCAAACACUGAUGGUAUUGACAUUGCAGAAUCAUCUAAUGUCAUCAUUGAGAAUUCAAAAAUGGAAACAGGUGAUGAUUGCAUUGCCAUUAAUCACGGUUCUAGUUCCAUAAACAUCAUUGGAAUUUUUUGUGGACCUGGCCAUGGCAUCAGUGUGGGGAGCCUAGGAAGAAAUGGAGCAGAUGAAUCCGUGGAAAAUAUAUAUGUGCGAAAUUGCACUUUUAACGGGACGACAAAUGGAGCUAGAAUUAAGACAUGGAUGGGAGGACAUGGAUAUGCAAGAAAAGUCACAUUUGAGGAUAUUAUAGUUAUUGAAGCCUAUAAUCCUGUGAUUAUUGAUCAAGAAUACAAUCCAUAUGAUAGUGUACAUGCAGUGAAAGUGAGUGAUGUAACUUUUCGCAACAUAAGGGGAACAUCUAUUUCUAAGCAUGCAAUCCAAUUAAAUUGUGAUGAAGCCAUAAGUUGCACUAACAUUAUACUAGAAGGGAUUAACAUAACUUCUUCUAUUGGAGAGGAAGUUCAUGCAUCGUGUAAAAAUGCAAAGGGAAUGUGCACUUCAUGUAUUCCAUAUGUUCCAUGUCUUUCUCAAGAGUGAUAAACUUUUUGGAUUUGAAUUCCUUGAUGUCACAACUGCAUUCAUGCAUACAGUUAGCAUUAGAGACCAUCCGAUCUUAGUCAAAUAAUCAAAAAAUAAAGUAAAUUUUUAAAAUUUUUAAAUUUAUUUUCAAAUUAUAUAAUUUUUAUUAGGCCGUCUUUGAUGUGUUGAUUGCGCAAUUGCGUGCAGUUGUGACUAUUCAAGAUUUAAAUUCAGUUUUUUUGGUAAUUUGUGUCUA